UCUCACUGGCUAGGAUGCAAGCAUGAUGGCAGGAGCUGGAGCAGACUUGGAACCCAGAGAUGGAAGCCACAGGUUGAGUAUGGCAGAGACUCUAGCAGCUCUGGACUUCUUACCUUUGGAUAGCUAAGAAUGAGGGACACUGUCACUCCGGAGACUGUUAAUGGCUUCUCGAACCAGCAGUGGUGCUCACCAGGGUUCUGUUUCUCCCAGCUGGCACCCUCACAAAGCCAGCCUCUGGGCUGCCCUGGUUUUUCAUGAUGUCAUCCAUUCAUCAUUGUGAGCUGAUUGGUGGUCCCAGGCCUUGGCCAGCUGCCCAAGGCCAAGGGGCCAGAGAGAGAUCCCAGGCCAAAUGUGCAGCAGGCCCCUGAGUAUGUGCGGAUAUGUCAUCAGUUCCACAUGGAAAGACUUGGUGGAACUCGAAGAAGGCAGUAAAAGUCACAAGAUCCUAUCCAACCUUCCCUGCCCUGAAUGCCUGGAAAGAAUUCAGGGGCCUCAUGCCUGUGGAUGGGGAACCAAACCCUGGAGUGGACCUGGGUGUGGAGGAGGGACUGCUCUGCCAGAUGGUUCACUCUCCAGAAUUCAACCUGUUUCCUGACUCAGCGGUGUUUGAAAGCAACUUUGUCCAGGUCAAAAAGGGCAGGAACUGGGUGGACCUCUGCAAAGCCUGCAACACCAUGGCCCUUGGGGUAACCUCCUCCGUGCCCUGCCUGCCCCUUCCCAACAUUCUCCUGGUGGCCCACGUCAAAUGGCACCAGGGGCAGAGCCAGACAUGGAACAGACCGUCUGAAGCCCCAAACAUCAUCCUGAAGAGGGUUCUCCCACUGAAGCUUGUGGAGCUUCAGAUCUGUGACCGCCUUCAUCGCAUCCUGCAGUUGAGGACGGUGACAGAGAAGAUCUAUUACCUAAGGCUCCACCCUGACCAUCCCGAGACUGUCUUCCACUUCUGGAUCCGACUGGUUCAAAUUCUGCAGAAGGGCCUGUCCAUCACCACCAAAGACCCUCGGAUUCUUGUCACCCACUGUCUGGUACCCAAGAACACCUGCAGCCCCGCGGGAGACUCUAAGUUAGUAGAGGAGAAACUCCAAGCCUCCCAGCCCAGCGAGAGCCUCAUGCGGCUGAUGGCCGUGGGGGAGAGUGAGGCCCUGUCUCAGAUUUUUGCCGACUUGCACCAGCACAAGCUCUUCAGGAGCAGCAAAAAGACCAAGGCCAAAAAGGACAGCUCAGAAAAAAGCACUCCCACGGAAGACAGCAUCCCGUGCACCCGCGACCUCAGUUGGAGGGCUUCCUUCACCUAUGGAGAGUGGGAAAGAGAGAACCCCUCUGGGCCGCAGCCCCUCUCACUCCUCAGCACUCUGGCAGCUUCCACAGGGCCACAGCUGGCCUCGUUCAUAGGAAAUUCUAUGUGAGCCACCCUUUCACACUGCGGAGGAACUAAGCAGCCCUCGCCAACACCACCGUGCAGCAUUCAGCUUUCUGAGGGACUAUCUGGAUGGAGGGGAGGAGAAAGCUGCAACUAAGGAAACACUAGAUUCGUCUCAGGCUGAUAGCAGAGCCUUUCCUUGGAGAACCAUCUGGGAGCAUCACUUCCGGAGGAGAAGCAAUAUUCCAGCAUGUAACUUCCGUGACCUCACCACCACACCUCACCACACCUCACCUCCAGGCCACCAGGCAGGCACAAAAAGCGGUGAUCUCAGAAGGGUCAGGACCAAGAGAUGGAGAGAAGGAAGGAAAGGAAUGCAGGACCAGAGGAGAGGUGGAAGAGAACAAAAUGGAGAUGAAGAAGAAGGUAGAGGGAGGAAGUCAGAGAAGAAGGGUGAUACAGAGAGGUGGUAAGAGAAGGAAACAGAAGAGACUUUGGAGAAAAGCUGAAGAGGACAGGAGAAGAAAUACACCUCUGAGAGAUGCCUCACCCAGCUUCUAUUUAUCUAAUUUAAAACUUGAAAGUAAGGCCAUAUACCAAAACAAGAAAUGUCUUUUCUUCUCUGCUCAGACUACUCUGGAUAAGUAUGAAGGGUCAGAAAUGAUUUCCACCCAAGGGCCUCUCCAUAAAUUUCCCUUGUUGCCAGUUUUUCUUGUUAGUUCCUCUUUUCUGAUUCAAGUUUUGGCCCUUCUUCCUUAGCCUAUUCCUUAACUUGGACUUCCUAGUCCUUGUGUUCCAAGUGAAGGUUUGGGUUUGAGGCUGCAGAAAGAUUCCUGCAGGAGAAAGUCAGGCAAGGUGUGUGAGAUAGGGGGAAUUUCUCUUUUGGGUUCAAACUUUCUAAGUUUGUUGCUGUUUCAGUCCUACAAACACUGGCUCAAUUUCUUUUGCAUAUGACACCCCCUUGAAAUGUUGACAUACCUUGUUAGUGCUUAUUAAAUGAUCGGUUCCAAAGAGAGGAGAUACAAGAUCAAAGCACAGGUAAAAUCAGAGGUUCAUAAAUUGUAAAUCAAGAGAGUCACUAAGGAGUGUCUGUCCAAUGAUCCAUGGGCUGGCCUCUUUGUUUAAUAUGUGCAAUAUUUCACAUUCAAUAAAAACCAGACUGUGAGUAUUUCAGAAAGGAUGCCCAAUCUUCCAACUUGAAAGCGUUUUGGACUUUUUGCUUUGAUCUAAGAUUUCCUAGGAGAGUCUUUUUCUUCACCAAAGUGUUUUUCAGACUGAAAAUAUUGGAGGGCUAAAAAGUAAGCUCCUAGAUCACUGUCAUGCUUUCCAAGGAUGAGUUAGGUCCUAAUUCUUGGUGAUUUCGAUAUCCACAUAGAUGGUCCUUCCCAUAUCCUGAUCGCUGUUCCUUGAACCACUGCCCAAUGGUCCCAGCCUUCACCAUCCUCAGCCACUGACUCCCCUGAUUUUACCCUAGAGUUUGUCAUUCAUAACUGUACCGACCCCAUUAUUCCCAUUCUCCAGCUAUCCCACCUCCUAUCUUUCCCUCUGAGUCCAGUAAUCCUUCCACCCCACCGAUCCUACAAUUUAUUACUCCUUCUGGGUUUUCACUGUCCCCCACUCUCCUCAUGUCCUCAUUUUCCUUCCUGACAGCCUAGAUUCUGUGAUGAACCAUUAUCAUCACGCCCUUACACGCACCUCAGCACCGACAUGAAAGGCAACAUGAAAAUUCUGUAAACUGGACCCAGCUCCAAACACAUUAAUACUACGAAUAGGCCCUUUUCCAACUAUAUACCUGAGUUUAGCUGCUCAUGAAAACUUACACACACCACCCCAUUCUGAAAUAUGCCCCUCCCUCAGCACCUCAACCCCUUUGAGUCUUUAUUCUUUAUUCUGUUCACAUGGCUGAGUCCAAUUCUCCACUCGCUCAAUGCCUGCACCAUGCCGCUAAACUUGCCUGGAGAAAACCGCAUGAGAUCCUCACCAGUCCCACCUCAGAGUCAUAAUCACAAGCCUACGGAGGGUCCUUAAUGUCUCCUGGAGGUCAUACUGUGUUUUCCUUAUCUAUUCUCUCUGCUGAAUGGCUGUUUCACAUCUUCGCUCUCCUCCAGCCCAGUGCCUCCUAAUGACCCAGCUUUCCAUUGCACUGAGAACAUAGUAACAAUUGAAAGAGAACUCCAAGCUCUCACCACCACGUCUACCACUUACCUGGAACCAGACCCACAGAUCUAGUUUCUCUCCUUGUUGUUAUGGAAGAACUGUCUCCCCUCUAAGCAAAGUCCAACUCUUCCCCUUGUGUGCUGGAUCUCCUCCCAUCUCACCUACUCAAGGACAUUGCUCCAGCAACUCUCCGUUCGUUUUCCUACGUCAUCAGUUUGAUCCUCGCUCCUAAAUCCUUCCCACCAGCAAUCAGAAAGCUGGUAUUUCUUCUAAACAUACUGUUAUUUGUUCCAUUUAAAAACCGAACAAAAUAAAACAAAACCUCUCUUGGCCCUUCUGCCGCUGCCGCUCCAUUUUCUCCACUCCUAUAUGGUAAACUCUUUGAAAGGGUUUCCACUCCAAUUUCUUCCCAUUCUUUCUUGAACAACUCCAGUAGGUUUGUGCACCCACUACCCCAGCAAGCCUGAUCCCCACAUUGCAAAGCCACUGGCCAACAUCUCACCGUUAGCAGCAUGUGACAUAUGUGACUACUCCUUUCUCCUUGAAACAGUUUCUUCACCUGGAUUCGAGAACACUGCACGCUCCUGGCCUUCCUCCUCCUUCACUGGCUUUUCUUUUGAGUCUCAUUUGCCGAUUCAUUCUCAUCAACACCCCUCCACCAUCUCUGAACAUUAGAAAUUUCCAAGACUCGGUCCUCGGUUCUCUUCUAAUGAAAACUCAUGGUUUUCAUAUCACAUAUAUACU